CUGAGGGCUCAAGGGUGACAGCACGUAGCAUCUUGAUUCGAUAGGGUUGGGCUUUGGGUUAGAAAAGGAACCAGCGGAGCAAUGUUACUAAAUUUACUGUUGCUGAAAAUUUAGGCUGCAAUCCUGGGCCCGUUUAACUCUGCUAGGACUGAGCCACACAGCGUGUUUUCUGUGGGGUGCUUCUUUUGCUGAAAUCCCAUUCAAACCAGCUGCAGACUGAAAGUGACCAGUUGGUGCAUUUCAACUGCUGCAUUUUCAAGCAGCGUUUACCAGACCACAAGGAUGGCUAGUCUAGGGUUGCCACCUUUCUCUUAUAAUAAAGGGACCUGCUGACCAGGGAAGCAGUGGGUACUAGGUGGCCGUGCGGGUCCUUGUUGGUUUUACGUGCUUCUUUGACCCUGUUCCUUUAUAGAGGGGUUGGGUGGAUAUUGCAGGCAUAGUCUAUAGGUACCAAUGAAACCCCCUCCCCUCCCCCCAAAAACCACCUCAUGACUAUUUAAGUGUUUUAAAUGUGUACUGCAGAUGAAAACUCAAACUCCCUUGCAAGAAACGGUUAACAGCCCCAAAUUCUCUUUCAGCCUGAUCCUUUAAAAAUAGAAAUAAGUCCCAAUUAGUUCAGCUGAAUAUAGUAUGCAGAGGAUCGGAGCCUUAAAAUGGUGGUUGUUUUUAAGUUAUUUAAAUAAAUAUGAUGGAGAAUAUUUAGAGGACUAUGGAAUUAUCACUCUCAUCCUUUGGAAGUCUACGUUGACUUUCUGGCACCUGAGACAGAAUGAUUUGACUUGUCCCACUUCCCGUAGGAUGAAAAUGAGGACGGGGGUGGGGAGUUCUGUACACACCAACAAAGAACCUUGAUUCCGGUGGGGGGAGGGGUUGUGGAAGUGAGAUUGUGGCAUGGGGAGGUUGCUAGGCGGUAGAGAGACACACCUGCUGGCCGUCCUUCUCCUCCGCCUGUGGCUGGGCUCAGGCACGUGCCCCUGUGACAACCCCAUGCUCUGCAACCCCAUCUCUGAAAGCAGAGAGUUCGAGGUGCGCAGGAACAAGGUCCCUUAUGGGAACCAUGUGGGGGUCUUUGUAUUUGACGUCGGCGGGAAGACUUGGAAGUUCUAUGACUGGUCGCAAAUUACGACAGUGGCGGUUUUUGGAAAAUAUGACCCUGAGCUCAUGUGCUACGCUCAUUCGAAAGGAUCCAGGAUAGUUUUAAAAGGAGACAUACCUCUGAAGAAAAUUGUUAACCCUGCUGCCAGGACAGCCUGGAUAAACCAUCAGUUGGCCCUGGCCAAAAGGCAGUACAUGGAUGGAAUCAAUAUAGACAUUGAGCAACAGGUUAAAAAGUAUUCGGCCAAAUAUUAUGCAUUGACAGCUUUGGUUGAAGAAAUGACAGAAGCAUUUCACAAAGAAAUUCCAGGAUCACAGGUAACUUUUGAUGUACCCUGGUGUCCAGAAUGCAUAUACAAAAGAGUAUACAACUAUACUGGGAUAGCUAAUUCCUGUGAUUUCGUGUUUGUGAUGUCUUAUGAUGAACAGAGUCAGAUGUGGUCACACUGCAUACUAGGAGCUAAUGCUCCAUACAAUCAAACCUUAGCUGGCUAUGACAAUUAUAUUCGCAUCGGCAUUAAUCCCAAAAAGCUUGUGAUGGGUGUUCCAUGGUAUGGCUAUGAUUAUACCUGCCGAGGUUUAUCUAAGGACCAUGUUUGUUCCGUUGCAAAAAUCCCCUUCAGAGGGGCUCCAUGCAGUGAUCCUGUGGGACACCAAGUGCCCUACAAAGCAGUAAUGAAGCAGAUAGUUCCCAGAUCACUGUCUGGGAUCCUGUGGGAUAAGGAACAGAAAGCUCCAUAUGUGGAAUACAAGGACCCACAGGGAGCUUUCCACCAAGUGUGGUUUGACGAUCCCAGGAGCAUUUCUCUGAAGGCAGCCUACGUGAAAAAACGCGGCUUACGAGGCAUUGGCAUGUGGCAUGCGGAUUGUCUCAGCUACUCCGGAGACUCGGCAGCACAAGGGCAGACAGCAGCAAUGUGGGAGGCCUUGAAACCAAAGUGAC